CUAUCGGCGCCUCAUCAGUAGUCAGUACUCGACGACAGAUCCUGCUGACGUGGCACAACUCACCCAGACUUCCGUUUUCGUCUCUUUUCUCACCCACCCCCCGAACUCCACAAAAUUGCACUCCGGUCCCCCACCUCCACCUCCUAAACCCCACCCGCAUCCAUUAAUGGCGAAUUAGAACAGCUCAUCAUCACUCAUGCACUUGCUCAUAAUCACAGUAACAAUUUUUUUCAAUUAAAUCUGUAUCACUCUCAUUGUUCACUAAUUUAAUAUGCAGACGGCAUUUCCCUAUCUGUAGCUUUCCCCGUCAUUUUCGUACAACGAUGGUGCAGAAGAAGCAAAAAAAUAAUAAUAUUCGUUUCCAUGUAUGAAUAGUCGGACAAAUCUUUGGUUGUGGUGAACAUUUUGCUUUGUUGAUGUCUAAGGUCAACGAGUCAUCCGCCUGGAGGGGUGAUUUCACGGGUCUCCGCGACGAGGACCUUCGAAAACCUAAUGGCUACAGUUACAGUUCCUUCGCCCACGGCGGAGGAUCGGCGGCGGCGGCGGCGGGGAAUGGUGGGGAUUGGAAGUUUCACGCGGUGGAAUUUGCCAAGGGGGCAGCGGAGAUGAGUGUGGAGUUUGGGAAGGGAGUGAGGGAUGUAGUGAAGCAGAGUAUUUUGAGGGAGGAUUCUGUAAUUAUGAGGAAGUUCAAGGGCCCUUGCGUGAAGAUUUUGGGGAAAUUGAGAUUUCUGAAUGAGUAUCUGCCUGAGGAUCGCGAUCCGGUUCAUGUUUGGACCGUUUUCGCCUGCGUCUGGGUUUUUGCUUUUGCAGCUUUAAUAGUAAAUAUUACUCAAACUACAACUCCAUUGGUUAAAAAGAUGAAGGUGGACCCCACUAGUGCUAGUCUCGUAUUGCUUCCCGAUGGAAGACGUUUAGCUUAUCAAGAGCAAGGCGUCCCUGCUAAUCGAGCCAGAUAUUCAAUGAUCUUCCCCCACUCGUUUCUUUCAUCUCGACUUGCAGGAAUCCCUGGUCUGAAAGGUGAGUUAUUACAAGAGUUUGGUGUUCGACUAGUGACAUAUGAUCUACCUGGAUUUGGACAAAGCGAUCCUCAUCCAGAUAGAAACCUCGAGUCGUCGGCUUUGGACAUGUUACAUUUGUCGUAUGCUUUGAAUGUUAGUGACAAGUUUUGGGUAGUGGGAUAUUCUGAUGGAAGCAAGCAUGCUUUUGCUGCCCUUAAUUACAUUCCAGAUAGGCUUGCAGGUGCAAUAAUGGUUGCUCCAAUGGUUAAUCCAUACGAACCGAGGCUGAACAAGGAAGAGAGACGAAGAAUCUGGGGGAAAUGGACAGUAAAGAAAAAACUGAUGUAUUUCUUAGCUCGGAAAUUUCCUAAACUACUUCCGUAUUACUACCGAAGAAGUUUCCUCUCUGGUAACCAUGGUCAGAUAGAAAAGUGGCUUUCGAUUUCAGUCGGAAAGAGGGAUAGAGCUGUGAUAGAGGGCAGAGUUUUCGAAGAGUUUUGGCAGAGGAAUGUCGAAGAAUCUGUUCGACAGGCGAAUCCGAAACCAUUCGUUGAGGAAGCUGUUUUACAGGUUUCAAAUUGGGGUUUCGCCAUUUCUGAUCUAAAUUUACAGAACAACAAACGCAAGAGCAAAGGCAUUCUUGCUUGGCUCAAAUCAUUGUACAGACCUUCAGAAAAAAGUUUGAGUGGAUUCCUCGGCCCAAUACAUAUAUGGCAGGGUGCUGAGGAUAAUGUGGUUCCGCCAUCAAUGAGCGAGUUUGUUAACCGUGUUGUACCGGAUUCGAUGCUGCAUAAGUUGCCGUACGAGGGGCAUUUCUCGUACUUUUACUUGUGUGAAGAGUGUCAUAGGCAGAUUUUCACUGUGGUUUACGGAAAUCCGCAGGGUCCUCUUGCUCUGAAGGAGGAUUAUCUAACUGCCGUUGAAGGUGACGGGGAAGAAAACACUGAAGCUAUUUUCGGUGGUAUAGCUAUAGACAAAGAUAAUAUGAUAGAUUCAUAAAAUUAAAUGGGAAGGAGAAAAGAAAUUUAUGGGGUGUGUUAUAUAUUAAAGAACAGCAUAGGGUCAAUGAUGAUAUGAUUUAUGAAGAAUGAAUUUAUAUAGGAUAUAUAUACAGACAUAUACUCAGCUGCAGCAGCAUAUUCAUGAAAUGAAAAAUUCUUUUGAAUAGUCUU